GGUCAGGCAUGCCAUGCCCGCCGCGCUGAAGCCAUGGCCGCCCCGCGCCGCCCCGGGCCAGCCGCCGCCGCCGCCUCGCCCUGGCCGGGCUGGUGCCUCUUCUGCUGCCUGCUGGGCGGCGGGCUGGCCGCCUGGUCCCGGCCUUGCCAGCCCUGCGGGCCCGCCUGCGCCUGCCGGAGCCUGGCCGGGGCCGCCUGCGCCGUGGACUGCGCCUCGCGGGGCUUGGCGCGCCUGGCCGGCCCGCCCGGGGCCUGGGCCUGGCCGGCGCUCACCGUCUCGCUAAAUCUUUCCAGUAACAAGAUCAGUGUUUUAAAUGCUGAGACUUUUGCACAUCUGACUUCCCUGACAAAAUUAGAUUUAAGCAACAACAAGAUUUCUACAUUAGAAGAUGGAGUAUUUGAUAAUUUAUUUAAUUUAAGUGAAAUAAACUUAAGUUUGAAUCCGUUCCUGUGUGACUGCAGUCUUGCCUGGCUUCCUCGCUGGGUACAGAGAAGAAAAGUGAAAAUUGUGCAUCUGAUGGAUACAAAAUGCGCCCAGCCACCUGAGAUGGCCAACUCUCCUCUUUUCAAUGUGUCGUUCACUGAUACUACCUGUGGAGCUGACUACAUUGCGUGCCUGACUGACAAUACCACAGGACUGGCUGAUUCUGUUGUCCGAUUUGUGUUCCGCCUCCCUCAGAACCUGACUGAGGAGCUCUGUAGCGCCCAUUGCUAUGUUGAAGGGCAGGUCUAUGCGGGCUUCAGUGAUGAGGCACAUUGUCUGUGUGGUGCUGCUCCUGAACCAGACUCCUCCACAGACUGUUUGCCAUUUUGCACCAAGCUGUUUCCCAGGCCUGUCUGUGGAGGGCCUUCCAUUGUUUCAAGUGUUUUCCUGGCUCAGCUGCCCAUUUCCUUAGUGGGGCCCAGACUUCCUUCUAGCCUUUUCCAAGUGGUGGCUUUCAAUGUCAGUGUUCCGCUUGCCUUGGGCACCCUUCAGUGGGACUUUGGAGAUCACACAAGACUUUUCAAUACCACCAGGACAGCCGUCUUCCACAAGUACUCUUCACCUGGACUCUACAGUGUCACUGUCACUGCCUUUGUGGGCAGUCGGUUUACCUCAGCACGGACAGAAAUCGAGGUGGUGGCAUCUCCAGUGGAGAUAGAGCUUCAGUGUCCUCCUCUAGUGAAGACAAAUGAAAGUUUGCAGCUGCAGAUAAGGAACCGAGGGGGAACGGGCCUAUUAGCUGUAUACAAAAUCAUGGCACAGGACAACAAAACUGAGCAAGAGGUACAUCCAAUGUGCCCCAUGGACAGCGUGGCCUUCCCUGGGAAUGGCCACUGCUAUCGGCUGGUGGAGGAGAAAGCCGCGUGGCUGGAGGCUCAGCGGCAUUGCCAGGAAUUCAGCAGUGGAGAUUUAGCCUUCGUCAGCAGCCCGGAAAUCCAGGAUUUCUUGGUAUCUCGUGUCACCAGGAGCUUGGAUGUCUGGAUCGGGUUCAAUGAUUUCGCAAGCUCUGGUCCUCUGCAGCGAGCAGAAGGCUUUGAUCUGCAGAGCUGCCAGAACUGGCUUCCUGGAGAGCCUCACCCGUCCAGUGCUGACCACUGCGUCCGAAUGGGCCCUGCUGGCCAGUGCAACACGGACCUGUGUAUGGCCAAGCACAGCUAUGUUUGCGAGUACAAGCCAAAAGAGAUUCUUCUAAAUGCUGAGCACUUUUCCCUGGGCACCCCCGCCUUUGAUAUACACACUCGGGUGAGCAACCUCACAGAAAAAGACCGUCUGUCAGCCCCGUCCAGUCCCGUGGAGACGAUGGCCUUUCCGAGCAUGGUCUUCCAACAGAAAGGUUUCGUAGUGGCCUUGGAGUUCGUGACCCAGGAGCUGCCACGCCCUGUUCAAGUCCGGUUUCAAGUGCACCAUCCGGCAGUUGGAGGAGGAAAUGGGGCUUGGCCACAGUUGGACUGUCUGGCCGGACUUCAGUGGUGCCCUCGGACCAACACGUGCCUGCCACUGCACAACUGCUGUGACCGCGGGAUGUGUGUCAAUGGCUCUGUCGCCAGCACUGCUGAGCCCAGUCCUUGCCUCCACAAAAACCAUCUCCAGAACAGAUUGCUGGAAGAGUCACUUUUUGAUGUGCCACCGGGCCCCUCGAUGCAGUAUCUCUUGCUUUUCAGAAGGAAAGACAUUUUGGCCAGACCGGAUGAUACCAUCAGCAUCCAGCAUGAUGCAGGGCCUGGUGCCUUCCUUCUUUGCCACCCGAGCCAGACACUAUCUGACCAGAUCAGCUACUUAACCGUGAAUUCUUCUGACUGGGAGCCUGACUGGCCUGCUCUGCACAUUGCCAGCCGCUGGCGGAAUGACUCUGUGUGCUUCCUCAGGGUCCUCUAUGUGGCUGAAGAGACAGUGCCCAUUAUCAGUCAAGAGAAUUCUGGCGUGGAUCACUACGGCCUCUACGAUGUGAGAGCCUCUGUAGACAAUGGAGUCUUUGUCACCAAUUUGUCCUGUAAUUUCUGGGCUGUUUCUCCUGUGCUGGGCUUCCGUGUCAUUUACCCUCCAGCUCAAGAUGGCAAGAUCUACGUGCCAACCAGUUCCACUUGGGUGGUGGUGAAGAUCUCUUCAGGGGUAAAUGCAUCAGCUGGCUGGCUAGGAGGGAACCAGAGCUUCCCAUUUGAAAGCUGCUGCCCACCCGCGGUUGCUCUGCUGACUGCUGACUGCGCCAGGGAAUCCAAUGACACCUGGUUCUCUGUAAUCGCACUGGAUGGCAUUGGGCAGAAUUUAACCACUGUCGUGCUGUGGGCAGAGAAUACUGUGAGCUCCCAGAACAUCAGCAUCUUGGUGAAAGCUGAGGAGGCCAUUCGAGGGCUCCGUGCGACCCCAGACCCAGAAACCCGAGUCUUGCUGAACAAACGUGUGAGCUACGUUCCCAUGAUGGACGCUGGAUCGGACGUGAACUUCAGAUGGACGGUGGAUGACAAGCCUUCCUUUACUUUCUACAAUAAUGUCUUCAAGGUUGUCUACCAGACGCCUGCUGUGUACAAGCUAUCGCUGACAGCCUCCAACCACAUCAGCAACAUCACCGUCAACUACAACAUUACCGUGGAGAAGAUGAACAGGAUGAAGGAUCUGGUGGUCUCUGAGAUCCCGUCUCUGGUCCCUCAAAACAGCACCGUGGACCUAUCAGCUGUGGUUACAGUGGACUCUGCUGUGGAUGCCACAUUCUUAUGGGACUUUGGAGAUGGUGACCAGGCUGUUUUCCAAUUUGUGCCUCCUUACAAUGAGUCUUUCUUUAGGCCGGAUCCCAACAUUCAUCAGGUGAUGAUUGUUCACAAUGUAUCGCACACCUACCAAGAACCAGGCCAAUAUUCCCUGGUUGUUUCCGUAUUCAAUGAGUUUGAGAACCUGACCUAUUCCAUCCCAGUCCACAUCGCCACUGACCUGCUAGAAGUGACCAUGGAAGUAAAUACAGAUGUUCUGGUUGCGGGCCACCCUGCCACCUUUGAAGCCCACCCUCUCCCAUCUGGGUUUGGGGUCUCCUAUACUUGGGAUUUUGGUGAUGGCUGCAUGGCAUUUAUGGAAAGCCAGCCUACCAUCGUUCACAGCUACAGCCGUAAAGGGAUGUACAAUGUUAGCUUGAGAGCCAACAACAGCAUCAGUGCUGUAGAGGUGUUUGAGCUUCACCGUGUCUUUGAAGAGAUCAGUGGGCUGCAGGUGACUUUGAGUGAAGUGAUGGAGCUCCGCACGCCGGUUGAGAUCAGUGCUUCAGUGGAGUCGGGGGAUAACAUCACCUGGAUAUUUGAUAUGGGUGAUGGGACAGUACUAGAGAGUUCUGUGGGGUCUGUGAAACACACCUAUUUAAAGGAAGCCAACUGCACAGUAAACGUAACGGCGGUGAAUCCAGUCAACUUUGUUUCCCAAACAGUUCCUGUCCAGAUAUUUGUGCUGAUGGUUGUCAAGAUCGAGCCUUCCUCUUGCAUCUUGGAGCACCCUGAAGUACAGCUCACUGCUUAUGUCUCGGGAAACCCUUCUGACUACAUUUUUGACUGGACUUUUGGGGAUGGCUCAUCCAAUGUUACUGUGGAUGGAGAUCCUACAGUGAUACACAACUUUACCCGGAGCGGUGUGUUCUCCCUCUCUUUGGUCCUCUCAAGCAAGGUCAACAAAGCACACUAUUACACGGUGGUCUGUGUGGAGCCAGAAAUAACCAACGUCACACUGUUCGCACCACUGUUCGUCAGGCUAGGCAAUGAGAGCAAGUUUCAGGUCACAGCCUCGCCCCCUUACAACUACCGCUACCUUUGGGACUUUGGGGCCAAUGACUCAGCUAGGUUUGGUGGGACAGAAGUCAGCUACGUGUAUAAAACCCCAGGCAACUACCUAGUCACGGUAACAGUGUGCAACAACGUAUCUUUCAACAACGACACGGCAAUUGUGAGAGUCCUGGAGCCAGUUGGGGUAGCCAAGAUUGAAUCCAACGGGUCAAAGGUUUUGGAACUGAACCAAAUCUAUCUGUUCUCUGCCAAUGUGAGCGGGACUAAAGUGAACUACUUGUGGGAUUUGGGGGACGGUACCAGCCAGCUGGGGAAACGCAUCACCCACUCGUACAACAAAACCGGCAUUUACUCCAUAAGCCUGAAAGGCUGGAAUGAAGUGAGCCACGCGGAAGCCAGACUCAAUGUGACGGCGAAGAGGCGCCUCCAAGGGCUCGCCAUCAAUGCCAGCAAGACCAUAGUUCCCCUGAACGGUUCUGUGAGCUUCACAGCCACCUUAUCUGCUGGCACUGCCCUCCGGUACUCCUGGAUCUUGUGUGACCGAUGCACCCCUAUCCCCGGCACGUCUGCCAUCUCUUACACUUUCCGCUCUGUCGGCACCUUCAAUGUGAUCGUCACAGCAGAGAAUGAGAUCGGCUCUUUGCAAGACAGCAUCUUCAUACACGUUUUGCAGCAGAUAGAAGGGCUGCAGAUCACCCGUGGUGACCUCAGGGAGGACGCUUUCUUCCCCACCAACAAAACACUCCAGCUGCAGGCAGUGGUGAGAGAAGGGACAAACAUCUCCUACACCUGGUCAGUCCUGAAAGAAGGCCACCCGGUGCAGACGUCCACAGGGAGGACCUUCUCUUUCCUUGUUACAGAGGCAGGGGUCUGUGUCAUCCAUCUGAAAGCCACAAACAUGCUGGGCAGCCUUGCUGUGAACAGAACAGUGGAGUUCAUCGAGCAAAUUGGUGUCCUGAAGCUGGUUGCGUCUCCGAACCCUGCGGCGGUCAACGUUUCCGUUAACAUAAGCAUCAGCGUCACUGCAGGCACUGGCUUGCGGUACACUUGGUACCUGGAGGGUGGCGUCUUCCUUCUCACUGCCAACCCUUUCAUCACAUACUAUUUCCAAAGCCCUGGUGUGAAAGUAGUCACAGUUGCAGCAGAAAACAAAUGUGGUUCUGCCAAUGCAACACUUCUGGUAUUUGUCCAGGAGCCAGUAGCCGGCCUGAAGAUCUGGACUGUAAGUCUAGAUAGAAGUUAUGUCAGGUCAGGUUCUGUAGUGAACUUCCGUGGAGAACUCGAAAGGGGAACUGAUGUGGCUUGGAUGUGGGAGAUGCAGAACAGAACCUUACCGGGCCAGAGAGUAGCUCUGGAGUUCCGCACAGCAGGCUUCUUCUCUGUCUGUCUAAAUGCUUCCAAUGAGGUCAGCUGGGAAGUGGCUUGCCACAAUAUCACUGUGCAAGAUGCAGUGCAGGGCCUGCAACUCCACGUGAGCAAGGGAGUGGUGGAGCCUGGGGAGCAGGUCUCCUUUACUGUUGAAAUGUCCUCCGGCACUUCUGUAAGCUAUGAGGUGAGCAUUGGUGGGCACUGGACACUGGCACUCAAUGCUUCCCAUUUCACCCACGCAUUCACCCAAGUUGGAGACUAUAGAAUCAAAGUCAUUGCAGAAAACUGCGUCAGCAGGGUGCAGGUUGAGGUCCUCAUCGUGGUGCUGGAGCCCAUCUCUGGCUUGCGCAUUGCAGACUGCUGUGAGCAAGGCACACCCACAGGGUUGGAGAGGCAUUUCACAGCUGAGAUUAAGAAGGGCUCCCGGGUGUCGUACCUGUGGCAGUUCUCCUUAGAGGAAGAGCAGGGGCAUUUCCAAGUGGUCCUAGAAGGCAAGAGUGUCUCUUACACCCCGGAGGCUGCUGGGUUGCUGGAAAUCCACCUCACUGCCUCCAACGGCCUGGGCAGUCUGAACAGAACGGUCACGAUUCAUGUCCAAGACCUGAUAGCUCAGUUUUCUCUCAAGCCUGUUGAACCCUUUGCCAACCGGACGACGUUGUUUGAAGCUUCAGUGUUUCCCAGCGCCAGGCAAGUUGUGUUUUGGUGGCACUUUGGGGACAGUUCUCCAGCACAGAGGACUAUCGUGGCAUCUGCUAGCCACACCUACCUGAGGCCGGGAGAUUACCUGGUGGACGUGAACGCCAGCAACCUCAUCAGCUUUGCCAUCACUCACUUGACAGUCACAGUUCGAGUGCUGGAGUGUGAGGAACCAGAGGCAGAGCUCGUCUUGCCUGCCCAGGUGGUCAUGAAACGGUCACAGAAGAAUUACCUGGAGGCACAAAUUGACUUGCGGGGGUGCUUCAGGUACCAGACAGAAUACUUGUGGGAGAUUUACCAAACCUCGAGCUGCCUGUGGCUGGGUGGUGCUAACCAAGUCCACUUGCCCACUGUGGAUGUGAGCCGGCCACAGUUGGUCAUCCCAAAGCUUGCGCUGGACCUUGGGAACUACUGCUUUAAGUUUCUGGUCUCUUUUGGAGACACGCCACUGUCCAAGAGCAUUUUUGCCAAUGUGACUGUCAUCCCCAAUAAACUGGUGCCCAUCAUAGACGGGGGAUCGUACCGUGUGUGGUCCAGCACCAGAGACUUAAUCUUGGAUGGUGAAAAAUCUUACGAUCCCAACCUCGAAGACUGGGAGCAGACCCCACUGCACUAUCGGUGGUCCUGUGUGUCAUCCACCAAAAGCUCUUCAGCAGGGUGUGCUCUGAACUUCAGCGCCACAGGAGGAGGGGUUACCGUUUCCCGAGCGAUAUUGGAAACAGAUGUGGAAUACACGUUUGACCUCACAGUCUGGAAAACAGGGAUGAAUGCUGAAGUCACCAACCAAACUGUGUUGGUCAAGCAAGGGACGGUCCCCAUCGUGGCUUUGGAUUGUGUCUCCUGCAAGGCCCAGUCUGUCUACGAAGUUAGCCGGAGUUCUUACGUAUACCUGGAGGGGUCUUGCUUGAACUGCCAAAACAAUUCCAAACUGGGGAGGUGGGAGGCCCACAGCUUCAAAAACAAGACUCUCGUCUUGGACAAAACCACCACCUCCACAGGCAGCAUGGGAAUGAACCUAGUUUUGAGGCCAGGGGCUUUGAAGGAUGGUGAAGGAUACACUUUCACCUUCCACAUCACCGAUCUGGCCACAGGGGAGGAAGGGUACGCCUCCAUUGAUCUGCUUCCGAAUCAGCCGCCUUUUGGGGGGUUCUGUCGGCUGUCUCCUCUGGGUCGUGUCGAAGCGCUGACUGCAAAGGUGCAGUUUGAGUGCACAGGUUGGAAGGACAACGAGGAUGAAGAGACGCCCUUGGUGUAUAUCCUCCUGGCCACACGCUGCCGAACUGGCCAUUGUGAGGAAUUCUGGGUGUACAAAGGAAGCCACUCGGAGCACAGCGCCUUCCUGCCUCCAGGAUUCCAGGAUGCGGCUUCCCUGGUGCACAUUUCGGUGCUUGUACAGGAUCAGCUGGGAGCAACAGUGGUAGCCCUCAAUAGCUCCAUGGCCAUCACACUGCCCACCACCCCAGACGGAUUCCGCGGCCUCCCUCAGUGGCUCUAUAACCAAACAGACUUGGUCCUCCAGGGCUUGGUUAAACAGAGUGACCCUCAACAGGUCAUCGAGUAUUCGCUGGCUCUCAUCACCACCUUAAAUGAGUACGAGCGCUCCAUGCAUUCAGAAGCCAGAGCUGAGGAGGAGGAGGAGGACUUCCGUGCCUGGACACGGUGGAACAUUACAAAAACCCUGAUCUCCAUGAAAGUGAACACGGUCGAUGACAUUCGGCAAAUCACUGCAGCUCUGGCACAGUGUACGGUGGCCAACCGAGAGUCCGUGUGCCGCACGUGCCUGACUGAGACCCUGAAGAAGCUGGAGAGCAUGCUGGCGAUCCUGCAGGGGGAGACCCUGCAGGGGACCAUGACGCCCACCUCGAUUGCAGACAACGUCCUCAGCAUCAUGGGGGACUUGAUGCACCUCGUCAACACCAUUCCCCAGCCAUCGAAGCUGCAGGGGCUGAGCAGUGGGCAGACUCACAUGCAGGUGGCUUCCAAAGCAUAUGCCCUGUCCACCGACCUGAUGCGCAUUCUGAUGAAGUCUCGGGUCCUUAACGAAGAGCCGCUUGAACUGGUGGGCAGUGAUAUCAUGGCCAAGGGUAAGCGCUCGGACCCAUUCAGCCUGCUCUGCUACAAGGACAGUCCAAGCUGCAAGUUCUCUAUCCCUCCAGCUUUCAACGUCACUUUCUCUGAUCUGACCGACGUCGUCCAAGUUAUGAUCCGCAUGGACUACAACCCUUUCCCUUUUGGUUACAUCACAAACUACACCGUCUCAUCUGAGGUGGCUUCUAUGGAGUUCCAGAGCAACAGUGGGACUGAAAUACCCAUUGGGAGUUUGGAUCCAGAGAAGGCCAUCACCGUGAUGGUGUCUGACCCUGGAGCCAAAAACAUCACUGCGGGGACAGUCACGGUUGAGGAAAGGAAAUCGGUGAAUGUAGUGCUCACGACAGAAGACGGCAACAGAGAAGCAGGGCUGUAUUUCCAAGUCACCUUCAGUGUCAUAAAUGACCGUUACGUGUUGCAUGAGCCGGAGCCGUUUGUUGCCGUCUAUCUCCACCACUCUCCGCAACCGAAUGAGCAUAACUGCACAGCUUCCAAGAAGAUCCACCUGCAGGACAUGAAUCGAAUGGCUGAGGGGGACCCCCGGCGCUACACUUUCUUUGUCUCUCCCAUUACUGAUGAUCCUGCGAGGGACUAUUACUUGAACAUCACAAACCAUUUCCUCUGGUCCCCAGUGGAAGUGACGCUGGGCCUGUACAGCUCCUUGUGCCAGUACUUUAAUGAGGAGGAGGAGCAGUGGAAGACAGAAGGCAUGGCUCCACUGGAGGGGACCACGCCCAACCAGGCUAUGUGCUUAACCCGACACCUGACAGCCUUCGGAGCAAGCCUUUUCGUUCCUCCACACUCCGUCCAGUUCAUUCGGCCUCCUCCGGGUCCAGGGCUGAACUACAUCGUCCUGUUGACCUGCGCCAUCUGCUUCGUGACAUACUCCGUGGCAGCCGUGAUCGUGCACAAACUGGAUUUGAUUGACAUUAACCGUGUGGGGGUGAUCCCAUUUUGCGGGAAGAACGGGCUGUACAAGUAUGAGAUCCUAGUGAAAACAGGCUGGGGCUCAGGAUCAGGAACAACGGCCCAUGUGGGGAUUGCAUUGUAUGGGAUGGACAAUAAAUCUGGACACAGGCAUCUGGAUAACGAGGACGCCUUCCACCGCAACAGCCUCGACAUCUUUCAGAUUGCCACUGAACAGAGUCUGGGCAUGGUGUGGAAAAUCCGCGUUUGGCAUGACAAUAAAGGGCUCAGCCCCUCCUGGUACCUGCAAUAUGUCAUCGUCCGAGAUCUGCAGACCUGCGAGAAUUUUCACUUCUUGGUGAACGACUGGCUGUCCGUGGAGAGUGAGGAGAACGAUGGCUUAGUGGAGAGAGAAGCCUUGGCUGCCGAUGAGACCGACCUGAGGAGCUUUUUGCGGAUCUUUGUGGGCGAGCUUCAGCGGGGUUUCUUUGAAAAGCACAUCUGGCUGUCCCUGUGGGAUCGGCCCCCUCGUAGCCGAUUCACCCGUGUCCAGAGAGCUUCCUGCUGCUGCCUCCUCAUCUUCCUCUUUCUCUGUGCCAACGCUGUGUGGUACGGUGUUGUGGGAGACGCCAACUUCAGUAAUGUGGCAGUUUCCACCCUGAUCCCGGUCAGCAGUGAAACGGUCCUGGUGGGGCUCGUCUCCAGUUUGGUCGUCUAUCCGCUCUACCUGGUCUUCUUGUUCCUCUUCCGGAUGGCCCGCAGCAAGGUAUCUGUCAGCCAGACUCUGACCCAUUCAGACCAGCAGUCCUUGGAGAUUGAUAACUACCUCGACUCCUCACUUCUGGAGAGCUCUUUCCUCACCUUCCCUGGGCUCCGGACAGAGGCCUUUUCAGAACAAGCGAAAACAGACGUAUUCCUGGAUGACUCCAAGAGCCUGAUCCGGUGGCAUUCCAACGAGGCCCUACCCAACUGGCCGGAUCUCCUCAGUGACCCUUCCAUCAUGGGCAACACCAUUCAGAAGCUGAAGAGGGGCAGGACCAGCCGCCAUCUUGGCCUUGAGGCACCUUUGACCACAGAGGAGGACGGCUUGUCACUCGGCUUCCCACAAGCUCAGACGAGAUACUUUUCUGCUUCAGAUGAAGACCUGAUAAGGCAAAUCCUAACCGAUGGAACGGGGAGCAUCUCUCAUCCACAGGACAUGGGGCAGUAUGCCAGGGUGGAAACUGACCUCAUCUCUGGGCUGUCCAGCAUGUUCGGGGAGAAGACGGAGGCCAUCAUGUUGCAGAGGCUGAAUAUGGCAGCCCCCGGCAAGGAACUGAACUGCUCAGCCAAACCAACACAGACAGUGGCGGACCACGCCCUCCGGAAGCGCCUGCUGCCCUACUGGUGCUCGCACCUGGCUCACGCCCUCGGUCUCAGCCUCCUGGCCACUUGCUUUGGGGUCUCUGUGUGGAUCGGUGUCACCUUCACUUCCAGCAUGGCCCUCAUGUGGCUCAUCUCAGGGAUUUUUAGCUUCCUCUCAUCAUUUUUGUUCUGGGAACCCCUCAAGGUACUGCUGGAGGCCCUCUAUUUCGCCCUGGUGAUGAAGCGCCUGUACCCAGAGGAGGACGACACCCUCGUGGAGUACCCGCUGGUAGAGCACGUCUCAGAGAAGAUCAGCAAGGUCCGCCCCCCGCAGGGCUUCGCUCUUUUCCAGGCCAAGGAGGAGGCCAGGAAAGUGAAAGUCUUGCACAGGCUGCUGAAGAACUUCCUCGUCUACAUGCUGUUUUUGUUGGCCGCCCUCCUGACUAACUAUGGCGACGCCUCCCACAGCAGCCGAGCCUUCCUGCUGCAGAGCUCCAUCAAGCGACAGAUGGCCAGCGAGCAGUUCCUUCACAUCAAGAGACCUGACGAGUUCUGGGUUUGGAUGUCACAGGGACUGUUGCCAUAUUUGUACAACAACCAGUCCGGCUCAGGCAGCCACAGCACCACCUUGGGAAGCCCACGGUUACGCCAAAUCCGCCUGCAAGAAGAGUGCCUGGAUCCUGCUCACAGCAUCCUUAGCGGGACUGAUCCGUCUGCAGCUGGUGAGAAAUGCAUCUUCAGUUUUGACACGAAUAGUUAUGCCGUAGGCUGGAAAAGCAUCUCCGACAACCUCACCCAGCUCUGGGUCCACUCGCCUCCUGACUCAGCAGGGGUCUGGUUCUGGGGCUACCUUUCAUCCUAUGACAGCGGUGGUUAUGUCCAGGAGCUAGGGACCACCUUUGAAGAAAGCAAAACCUGCUUGGACUUUCUGCAGCAGAAUAACUGGAUCAGUAACAUGAGUCAAGCUGUCUUUGUUGAACUGACCCAGUACAACCCUGGCCUGGCCCUGUUGGCUGUCAUCACUUUGAGGCUGGAGUUUCCCAUGGUGGGGCAUGCGCUGCCGGCAGUUGCCAUCGGGGUCAUCCCACUGCUUCCACUCAGUGGAGGAGUUACACUGCAGCUUCUCAUGAUGGUCAUCCUUAUGAUCGUGGUGGUCUGCUUUGUGGUCUCCGAGUCGCUCUCCUUCAAGAAGGCGGGCAGGGCAUACUUUGCCCUGGCCAGCAGCUACAGCCAGUGGUUGCUCAUUCUCCUCACCACCAGUACAGUGGUGGUGUACGCCAGCCAGGCCACCGUUGCAGGGAGACAGUGGGCCUCCUACCUGAAGAACAGGCAACACUUCACCAGUUUCUACCAGGUGGCUUCGCUCAACGACGUCUUCAGCUGUUUGGCUGCUUCUCUGCUCUUCUUGCUGACCGUCAAGGCUUCCCAGCAACUGCGCUUUAUCCGCCGGUGGUCCAUUUUCGGCAGAACACUGCAGCAGUCUGCAACGGAGCUGUUUGCCACAGGAGUGGCCUUCGGGAUCCUCACGCUUGCCUAUGCACAGCUUGGCUUUCUGCUGUUCUCCUCCCGCUCAGAGGCCUUCUGCACCUUCUCCAGCUCCUUCCAGCUGCUUUUCACGGCGCUCCGCAGCAGUGUCAACCUGUGCCUCUGCCUCCCAGGGCCAGUAGGGCUCUCCCACCUUUUCUGUGCCAGCUAUGUUGUGCUGGAGCUGUGGGUGGUUCUGCGGCUGCUUGCCACCGUCCUCAUCCAUCACUACCGGGAGACACGCUUUGAGAUGUAUCGGCCAGCAUUUGAGUCCCAGGACUACGAAAUGGUUGAACUCUUCGUUCGGAGGCUCAAGAUGUGGCUGGGGGUCAGCAAAGCUAAGGAGUUCCGCCACAAGGUGCACUUUGAAGGGAUGGAACCAAUCCCCUCACGCUCAUCCAGCCAGGACUCCCGGUCACUGCAAGGCCCUACACCCAGCGCCACCUCUGACAGCGCUUCUACCGCCUCCAGCCAACUGGAUGGGCUGAGCCUGGCCCCCAGCACCCGGGACAGCUCCGAGGCAGACGGUGAUGCCCAGCGCCUCCUCUCCCUCUUAGAGAUCUUGCUGGUUCAGUUUGACCGAGUGAAUGCGGCAACAAAGGAUGUGUACCACAUUGAAUGUCAGCUGGCGGGCACACGGAGCUGGCAGGUGAGGAAGAGGGGCAUGCAGAGAGCAGAGGAGCUAAGACAUCAGUGCAUUCCAGCGCCCACCAAUUUGGGAAUGCUCUCCCCAGAGAUGGGCGCCAACAGCAGCCCGCUUCAGCGCUUCCACCACCCGAGUGGCUCAGUAGCCUGCAGAAAUGUCCGAGCCAGCCGGGGCAGCAGUGUGCCUUCCUCCCUGCUCUCUCCACACAAGACCUACGCCUCACUCAUGCCAGCAGCCCGGAAGAAGAAGAAACCAUUGCUGCCCAACAACCGGGUCCACCCCAGUGGGAAGUAGCAGCAACCUUCCAGGUUAAAACAAGAGCAUCCUGUGUGGCUUGAAACCAACUGGUGGUCAAUCCUGCGUCUCUGGGAUUUCACUUCCCAUCCCUUUGACAGGGUGGGUACAGCCAGAAGGGCAGGCUGUUGAUCGGCUUAAUCCUGAGGGAGGUAGAGGGAUUAGUGUGGCUUUUGUUGGCUCCAUGAGAGGGCCCAGCUAGUAAUUCUUGUUGCCCGGAGGCCUAACAGCUUGGUAAACUUUUCACAGUGUAAUGGUUUACCCUGAGGAAAGUGAGUAAGCUUUGCCCGUUGUGCGGAGGAGAAAGCUGCCAGAAAGGGGUCUCCAAUUGCACAGCUCUUGUGUUGGCCUCCGUGCAGCGAUAGGGGGGGAAAAAUCUACCACAGCAAGAGCCAAAAGGUCCGGCAAAGGAUUUACAAGGGACUAAAAUCAGAUCUUUAAAAAAAGAAAAAAGAAGAUGCAGUUGGUUCAUAUUUGAAAACUUUUGAAGGCCAAAAUGAACAGCUGGGUUAAGGAACCCCUUAAGCAACUCCCAGGGAUCCAUUGGGCUGAACCCAGGCAGGCCGCUGGCAAGGCCGAGUUGCUCUUGCAGGCUUUGUGGAAAGCUCUGCAGGGUUGGAAUUUUCAAAGAGCCGUGCACCCGCAAGUGCUUUCCUCCGCCAGAACUUCUUCUUAGCUAAUUUUUGAAAGAAAUCUAAAUGUACUGGCAGAUGGAAGCUUUUUUCCCUUAAGCAAGCCCUCCAUGUUGGGCUAAUGCACAAUUCAAAACAUGAAUCCCCCAUGCCUGAAGAUAGCAAAGCACCUGAAUUAAUAGUGCCCAGAUGUGGAAACUUUGUCUGAGAGUUGAUUGGCAGGGAAGGGAGCUUGCUGGUUGGGCGCGGGCCCCGGGAGCUGGUCUCACCGGGUUACCCCUCCUACCUGCAGAUCUCCAGCUAUAGAAACCAGAGGAUUGGAAAAGGGUGUUUUAUAAUUUUAUGGUUCUAUUUUAUAUAUUUUCGUGUGUGUGUGUGUAUUUGGUUUACGAUUUGCAUGUGAUGCCUAGCACUUUAAUCAAUGCUUUCCUUAGCUAACGGUAGCACAUGCAACUUUUAAAACAAGAGCAAGAUAAUAUAUCACGGAAGCAGUAUUUUUUUUUUUGGUUAAUCAUAAAAUUUAACCUGCCACUGGAAUAUGACCACAGACAAGAUGCAUGGCUUGCUGUGCUAUGGCCAGUAGCAUCUUCCUGGGCUGGCCACAGGUGCUGCUCCAUGUGGGCAGGCUCUCAGGCAGAGGGAACGAAGCCCAAUUUCGGGAGAGUCUAGCUCAGGCACAUACACCCUGCACAGGCAACUUGGCCCUCGCCCUGUGCCUUGGGGAAACUGGUCCGCCGCCUGUGCAGAGCAGCAACAUGGGGCGUGUCAUCGCUUGGCACAGGGGCCAGCCCCGUGUAAACGAGGUGCCAUGCGAGGGCCAAGGCCCUCAGGUCCACGCUUCUGCCUUGCCCCCGUCACGUUUAAAGAGAAUCCAACAUCCCCAAGCCGGGCAGGGUGACAUGGUGGCUGAGAACACUUUUUCUGGGGUGUAGGGUGAAGAAUAUACAUGGUCCUGAAAGUCUGGACCACCCAUGCACACAACAGCCAAGACAGACUCAGAAAGGAAACACAGUGAAUGUGGCUGCUUUGGGAGGCCAGGAUUGGUUCUGGUCAGUGCUGGAAACCCCUGGGCUGGGCCGGGCCGUGCUUGCUGGCUUCUGCCUGAUCUCACAUAAGAGCCUCCUGGCCCUGCGCACUCCCAGCCAGAAGAAACCUCCCUGCAGGGCAGACUGGCAAGUGCCAACCAGGAGAGCAAACCUUCCUCCUCAAAUGGCACCUGGCCCGGCUUUAAAGCCCGGGGAAGGACAUUAGGUGGCUCUGGUAGGAAGCUGGUCUCCAACAAGCCUUCCUUGCUUUGAGAAGCUGCUCAGGUGCUGUCCUUUGGGAGUGUCCCACAACUAAGGGGCAAGAUGGCUCAUUUCCAAAUUGGCACCCCCCCCCCCCCAUUAAAUGAAUACCUCUCUGGGGAGCUGGCAGCUGGUCUGUACUUCCUCAGUUAACCCAACUAACACAUCCUUCACCCACCUUCCUGCUUGGCGGGGGGGGGGGAUGCCUCUUCACUCCCCCCCACACCCCUCAUAAGAAUCCUUUUCUGUCUGCGUAUUCCACUGGCCAGUUUAAUUUUAUGUAUAUUGUAAGUAAUUUAUACAGGAUUUUUACAAGAAGAAAAAUAAUGUAUAUUUUUGUAUAUUUGCUAUAUUUUUAUAGCGUUGGUACUGUGUUUGAGAUGUAUAGAUAUGACUUAUUUAAAAAAAGAGAUGUGUGAAAGCUUUGCUGAAGUGUUUGAGGGUGUGUGGAUUUGUGCCAUGGAAACUUGGGGGAUUUCUUAUCCCCCAUAUCCAGGCAGGGGCAGGAUCUCCUUGCAAUGCACUAGCCGUGAUUACUCCGAGCCUUUGGUAAGUCAAACCAGGAUGGCAGAUGGCCUGAACAGGCUGUCCACAGGGGGCUGCUUGUCUCCCAUCUCCCAUCGUCAUCGGUUGGAGCUGCAAAUGUAAAUUUCUUUCCUAGAGAGAUUUAGUUUUUACAAAUGCUAAGCUUCGGACUGUCAAUAUCCACCACCAAGCAAGAAAAAUGUGGUUUAAGUUCCAUCUUUUUAAAAAACAUUCCAUUAUUUAUAAGGGUGCUACUUUUAAACAAAACUCUUUUUAUAUAUAUAUAGUAUUCCAAGCUGCUUUAUCAUCAGGUACAAAGAGAUAAAGGCACUUGUUUCCUCCUCUGACAGGAGCGGGAAAUGUUGCCAGGAGGUGGGAGAGAGACAGAAGGAACUGGACGAUAGUUGGCGAGAGGCGAUUUCUGGGGAUGGCCCCAUACUGGGGUGGGGGUGGGGGGAUGUUAGAGAGGCAGAAAGAAGGAAACAUUGAGCACGCUUGGCUGGCCAUCCUCGUCUUGCGGUACAGAAGGGAAAAGAGAAGAGCCUGAAUCUGGACCGGAGCUGGCCUCAGCUCGUGCAACUAGAAAGAAAUAAGUUAUACUUCGGAUUCUGUGGGCAAUGCAGCCAAAAACGUGCAGGCGGCAAAUGACCCAGCGAAGGGUCUGACGUGCUUUUUGCAGUUGGUGGUGCUGCUGCUAAUUGAGAGUUCUCAGUUGGGUUUUGCUUGUUUUGUUUUGUUAAGUGUUGAGAUUUAUGAGGCUAAUAGAGUCACAUCAAGGAAGCGAGUCCUUCUUGCACACUUGCUGUGGGUGGAGGGAGGUGAUGCGGUGCGUGUCUGCUGGGGAGGCACCGAACGCUUCGCCUGGGGCAAGGAUGAC